UUCAUCUUGCAAAACGUUUCUAUGAUAUGGCAGCUGAAGCAAGCCCAGAUGCUCAGGUUCCAGUCUUCCUAGCACUUUGCAAGCUUGGAGUGAUUUAUUCCUUGCAGUAUGUACAAGAAAUCAAUAUAAGGGAAGUAUUCUCACAUAUUGAUAUGGACCAGCUGCUGGGGCCUGAGUGGGACCUUUACCUUAUGACCAUCAUCGCCUUGCUUCUGGGAACAAUUAUAGCUUACAGACAAAGGCAACAUCAGGCAAUUCCCAGACCAGCAGGACUGCGGCCAGCUGUGCCUCAACAAGAACCACCACCAGAGCAUCAACCACCGCAAUAGCAACAAGAGCCUCAGUGAAAGAACUCGAUUUUUCCAAAAGGAACAAUUUUCAUUGUGAUUUAGGACUUUGGAUCAAUGUUCCCUCCCCCAAAAGAGGCGCAAAGAAGUUUAAAAAAAAACAAAGUUUGAAAGCUGCUU